CCAAACUUGGUCUCCCGUCUCCCAUCCCAGUCGUCGUCUCCGCCUCCUUGUCUCCAGCGUCCGAUCUCCUCUUCCCCCGUCUCUCUCCCUUCCUCCCUCGCUCCUUUGUUGCCUCCCUUCGCUGCGCGCGCGCCAAAUACAAAAGCCUUCUCUUCCUCCCAUCCAAGCAAAGCAAAGGGUCCCAAGCAUGGCGGAUGCGCCGGCUAGCCCCGGUGGUGGAGGUUGCGGCCACGAAAGCGGAGGUGACCAGAGCCCCCGAUCCAGCGUCCGGGAGCAGGACCGCUUCCUCCCCAUCGCCAACAUCAGCCGGAUCAUGAAGAAGGCGCUCCCCGCCAACGCCAAGAUCGCCAAGGACGCCAAGGAGACCGUCCAGGAGUGUGUCUCCGAGUUCAUUAGCUUCAUCACCAGCGAGGCCAGUGAUAAAUGCCAGCGGGAGAAAAGAAAGACCAUUAAUGGCGACGAUCUGCUGUGGGCGAUGGCCACUCUGGGAUUCGAGGACUAUAUCGAGCCGCUGAAAUUGUAUCUGCAUAAGUACAGAGAGGUUCUUUUCUGUUUUCUUUUUUUUCAUUUGAAUCUUUCCUGAUUAAUAUGUACUUGA